AUGGCGCGGAGUGAUGAGAUCCCUCAACUCGGCAGAAAGCGCCCCGCUGAUGGUGACCCGGACGGCGCGCAACCUCUAACCAAGAGGUUCGGAUACCUCCAAAUAGGUAAGGAUCUUUCAGGAAAUAAUGAUGAGGCGCCAAUCGUCGGAGCUCGGCCCCGUGAUCGCGAUGGGGUUCAUUGCAGCUCUUCCACUUCGACUCUCUCUACGCCAUCCACUUCUACUCCGACGCAAAUAUUAUCGACUUCCAAUACCAGCCCGGCAUGGCCACCACAGUCCGAUGCGAUGAUGCUGGACGACACCAAACAUACGACCUAUAUUCAUGACUUGGAUCGCGAAUUGGCCGAUUUAGACCCUCCCGAAGGAGGUCUGGUUAUCCUACCCCUCGCGGCCAAAAUGAUCUCCGUGCCGGAUUCCGUCUUGUCGACCCCUUCACAAGGCAGGGAGCUUGUGUUGUACACCGAGCCAUCGUCCUUGACAGUCCCCAAUGAGCACGACAGCGUGAGGAAGGCGAUCAUCGAAUCUCGGGCGAGGGCAAGGGCCAGGGCCCAGGCAACGAGUAGUCACCAAUCUUCACCAUCUUUCGAUCCUGAUACUCUAUCUUGUUCGGCCAGGAACUUCUGGGAUUCUCCUUUGACGUAUAGUAUUGAUGACGACCCAAUGGACAUUGACUUCAAUCCCUAG